GAUAGUGUUAUUAGCUGUGUUUCACAGAUACAUGGAGGCUCAUCAGGGAGCACUUCCAAACGUUACUACUGUGCUCAAGAACACUGGUGGGGCCAGGAAUGUGGUAAAAGACAUCCUUAGUGGUUUAGAGAGCCGCUACACGCAGCCAAUAUCUGCACAGGAUUUCGCGAGCAACGUAAGCAUUGAAGAAGAAGAGAAAGAGGAAUCGUCCAGUGAAAUUAUUGAUGAAGAAAGAGAAGAAGCUGGAAUGUACAAUCAUUUAGGUUUACAUGAGGAAGACGAAGAAGAAGAAGAAGAAAAAGCAGGAGAAAUCAAAAUCGUAGGAGAUGAAGAUGCAGAAAGCGAAGGUGAGGACGAAGAUGCGGAGGAUGAAUUUGAAGAGUGUGAGUCUUCUGGGGUUAGAGGUAACGAGAACGAGGACAUCGAGAGGAAAACUGUGACAUCUAGUUACGAUGGAACAACCGGUUCAAGUCAAGUUGGAUCAGAGACUCACAAUCGAUUGUCUUUACGACUUCGUGGGAUGGGAAUCUCUAAUUCACUACAGCAACUUACUAGAUAUGACUCAUCUGAGGUACAGGGAACAUCUAGAAGAUUUCGUCCUUCUGGUAUGGCUGGCUCAUAUUUGCCUGGGCAAGACUUUUCAGAGAGUGAUUCUAACAAGGAGAAUGGAAGGGUACCAGGACGGCAAGCCCUUGGUUACUCUAGUGCUGCAGAAAAUGGGCCUAGGAAUGGCACUUAUAGUGGAGGUCGUAUGGAGGAUGCUUCAGGAACAAGUUCGGACGAAAGGCAUGGUAUCUUCGUACGGUACUUGUCAUGUCGUGCUACUCCGAAAGAUUUAAGGGAAGCUUUUGCUGACUGCGGGGAUAUAGUUAGAGCUUAUGCUAUUAGAGCUCGACCUAAUGUCAAGUAUACAUAUGGGUUUGUUGACUUCAAGACAGCCGAAGCUUUGCAGAAAGCACUAGCGAAAACCAGAGUUUAUAUUAGAGGGUCUCGAGUAACAACUGAGCCCAGUACAACUACCCCGCACCACCUCUCGAACAAGUCUUGGGAUGAUAGUCAAAAUUCUAGCGCUGGCGGUGUAGAAUCCACCACAUCUCAAGGGACAGAAAAAGUAACUGGUACAUAUGUGGAUGCACCAAAUGUGAAAGCGAUCAGAGGGAGCGGUUACAAAGUUGCGGUUAUGGGGAUCCCUAUGAACGUUCCGUUAUCCGAAGUUCAAAGUGCCUUGUCCAAGUAUGGUGAAAUUGUUUUAUCGGAUAUGAAACAGGAAAACAUAGGAACUUACUCUGCUAACUUGGAGUUCAAGGCUGUCGAUUCACGAGAUGACGCACUCUCGGCAAAGUCAGUGCAACUAAACGGAUCACAGUAUCCUAUUUUUAGGGUCAACCCUGUGAAUACCUCAGUGGUGCGAUUGAGCAAUGUGGGUGUCGAAGCGAAUCUCGACCAGAUUGGAGCAACAUGCGAACUUUUUGGGCGGGUUUCGGAAGUGGUUGCUCGCUGUGAUUUUUCAGUAGAUGUCUACUUUCAAUCAACGGAGUUGGAAAACAUGUCAAGGAUCCUGGCCAGGCUGAAUGAGGUGACAAUGAAUGGUCGGCGGUGGCAUGCACAACCUUCUCCUUGUUUGGGUUCUGGUUCCUAUGAAGCUUUGUUAAAAACAAGAGAGGGUCAAGAAUGGUUGCAACUUGAAAGCGAGCGUAUGCUCAGUAAAGUUGAAAAUGCGCUCAAGGAACUGGUAGUGGACGUAGAAGAUUUGCAAGAGCUGGUGAAAGUUAACAGACGCUACAUGGAGUUAACCAAAAAUAGUGGUGAUUGAUACGCUCCACAAUCCUCUCUUCAUCAGAUAUCUAGUACAAGAAUGAUUCACUUAGUGUAGGAGCCUCUGUAGUAGGUCAAGUCCAACAUCACGUCUUAAGAUUUACCUGCUCUGUCAAAGGUGUCUCGGAAAUACAAGACUCAAUUGAGGAAUCUAACAUGUUGCCUGAGAACAUAUCUGUAUUCAGUGGGUAUCAUUUUUCAUGAAACCGUGUUCUCAACUUCCCUCUA